GUAAAAUUUUAUCGAAAGUAAAAUUGUUGAUUAAAAUCGAAAUAAAUGAUAUAUGCAGCAUGAACAAAUCAGCAAGACAGUGUUUUACUUGGCUUGAAGUCGAUAAUUCAACAACACUACAAAGUUUGAACGACCAGUUUACAGAACGGCAUAUAGGUGGAAUAAGUUUAACUUCGAUCCUAAUGGUGCUUGGGAUAUUUGGAAAUUUUGCAGUUAUUUGGAUAUAUACUCAGAGAUUCAAGUUAUCAAAUUACAGAACAUACACGAUAUGGCUGGCCGUAAUGGACAUUGCAAAUUCGUGCAUCGGAAUGCCUUUCCUUGUUUACUAUAUGAGUCAUUACUUAACCUUUCCAUCUAAUGGUUUGUGCAAAUUCGGCCGAUUCACAAUGGUCUUUACAACAAACUCAUCAGCCUUUCUUUUAGUGGUUAUAGCUUUUGAUCGAUAUAGAAAGGUAUGUAAACCUUUAAAAUGGCAACUUUCCUGCAAAAAUAUAAAAGUAUGCUGUAUUGUUGCCACCUUUUUGGGACUUUUAACUUCUUGGCCAUGUUUGGUUUUAUAUGGAACUUACACCGUUGAUACGGUUAUUCCUGAUGUAAAAGGACUUCGUUGCUGGACUGAUGAUGCUUACAAAAAUACAGUGUACCCAAAAAUUUACUACAUAGUGCUCUAUAUCUUCAAUUUCCUAGUUAUACCUUUCCUGUUCAUUGCAUAUGCUCAAAUCUUAAGGUUUUUACAUACACAUGGGACAAGCGGAGUUCGCGUGAAAACCGAAAAAACUACAAUAACCCUUUUAGCUGUUUCGGCAGCUUUCCUCUUGAGUGCUAUUCCACAUUACAGCCUUGUUGUCAUAACUCGAGUUCAAAAGGACUUUAAUUGUAACAUGACAUUUUCUGAAGGAUUUGCCUAUUACACAUUUGUCUUCUCCAUUUUGCUAAAUAAUGCCGUAAAUCCUUUCAUAUACGGCUUUUUGGAUAGGAAGUUUCAGCGGGAAAUGAGAAGAAUAUUUAAAUCUUGUCGAGAAGAUAAAGGAGAUGCAGAAAACUGUAGCGUUUCACAGUCGAUGGAAUUGGAUUCAAUGGAUCCUAGGCAUAUUCACGUUAUUCCGAAAAUGCAGUCUUCAGAAGUUACCCUUAAUGAUUAAU